UUGGCGCGGGGCAGUGUGGGGCGGGGGCGGACAUCGCCCCGCCACGGGUUCGGCCCUGUGUCUGUGACCGAGCGAGUGCUCGGGCGGGCCAUGGCAACCUGUGCGGGCCGGCGGGCCCUGGCCGUGGGCAGCCGCUGGUGGGCCCGGUCUCUGGCCGCCCCCCGGGGGUUGAGGCCGUUAUGUGCGGCCAGAGGAGCAGGGGCCUGUCUGCUGGUGGCGACUGCGACGACGCGAAGGCAUCUGUCGUCCCGAAACCGUGCAGAGGGCAAAGUGUUGGAGACAGUUGGUGUGUUUGAGGUGCCAAAACAGAAUGGAAAAUAUGAGACUGGGCAGCUUUUCCUUCAUAGUGUUUUUGGCUACCGAGGGGUUGUCCUGUUUCCAUGGCAGGCCAGACUCUAUGACCGGGAUGUGGCUUCUGCAGCUCCAGAAAAAGCAGAGAACCCUGCAGGCCAUGGCUCUAAGGAGGUGAAAGGCAAAACUCACACUUACUAUCAGGUGCUGAUUGAUGCCCGUGACUGUCCACAUAUAUCUCAGAGAUCUCAGACAGAAGCUGUGACCUUCUUGGCUAACCAUGAUGACAGCCGGGCCCUCUAUGCCAUCCCAGGCCUUGACUAUGUCAGCCAUGAAGACAUCCUCCCCUAUGCCUCCACGGAUCAGGUUCCCAUCCAACAUGAACUCUUUGAAAGAUUUCUUCUGUAUGACCAGACAAAAGCACCCCCUUUUGUGGCUCGGGAAACACUACGGGCCUGGCAAGAGAAGAACCAUCCCUGGCUAGAGCUUUCGGAUGUCCACCGAGAAACAACUGAGAACAUCCGUGUCACAGUCAUCCCUUUCUAUAUGGGCAUGAGGGAAGCCCAGAAUUCCCACGUCUACUGGUGGCGCUACUGUAUACGCUUGGAGAAUUUGGACAGUGAUGUGGUACAGCUCCGGGAGCGGCACUGGCGGAUAUUCAGUCUCUCAGGCACCUUGGAGACAGUUCGAGGACGAGGGGUGGUGGGCAGGGAGCCAGUGUUAUCCAAAGAGCAGCCUGCAUUCCAGUAUAGCAGCCAUGUCUCCCUACAAGCUUCCAGUGGGCACAUGUGGGGCACAUUUCGUUUUGAGAGACCUGAUGGCUCCCACUUUGAUGUCCGAAUCCCACCCUUCUCUCUGGAAAGCAAUAAAGAUGAGAAGACACCACCCUCAGGCCUUCACUGGUAGGCCAGCUGAGGUCCUGAGUGCCCAGGCUGGGCCUCUGAGAACAGCUUUCAACCCACAAUUACUGCAGAACUCUAAUCUUCCCUGUCAUGGGCCACAAUGGGUCUCUUAAUUGUGGGGUUCUCUUUUGGAAGGGGAUUGUAACUGUUUUCUUGGAAAACACACAUAGGACUCCUCCAAAGUUGGCCUCCUCCCAAAACCUGACUGUUCCAUGUUCCAGCAAAGCUUUCUGUCAAGGAACUCUGUUCAGCUAUUACAGGUUGUCUGGAAUGUGA